UCAGCGCUUCUUCAGACGGCAACGGGAUCCCAGAGAAGCGUGAGACACAACAAGCAGCAGAAGGAGGCGGCAACCGGUUUCUGUCCCUUGCCCUUCUUAGACCAGAAGCAAGACGAGGCAUUAUAGCCCCUUCAGGACUCACCUCUCUAUAAAAAGCCACCGCCAGAGCCGAAUUACUUCCACUGGUGAACUCGCAGUUCUGAGGCAGGGGAAUUGUUUAGGCUCUCUCUCUGCUCGUUUGUUUUUCACCGGUUUCAGCUUAACAACAACCACCCGAAGUUCUUCUCUUCAAAGAAACAAAGAUGAACUAUCAAACAAGAAGCUGUUUUGUCCUGGUUUUUGCCCUCCUCCAGUUAGUAAAUAGGGCACUUUCUUCCUGCCCAGCCACUUGCCAAUGCCCUCUGGAGGUACCCAAAUGUGCCCCAGGAGUCGGUCUGGUUCUGGACGGCUGUCGAUGCUGUAAAGUUUGUGCUAAACAGCUCAAUGAGGACUGCAGCAAGACACAGCCUUGUGAUCACACCAAGGGGCUGGAAUGCAAUUUCGGCGCCAGUGCCACAGCUCUGAAGGGGAUCUGCAGAGCACAGUCAGAAGGGAGACCCUGUGAAUACAACUCCAAAAUUUAUCAGAAUGGAGAAAGUUUCCAACCCAACUGCAAGCACCAGUGCACUUGUAUUGACGGAGCCGUUGGCUGUAUCCCACUAUGCCCACAAGAACUCUCCCUUCCCAACUUGGGCUGUCCGAACCCAAGGCUAGUUAAAGUUCCUGGCCAGUGCUGUGAAGAGUGGGUCUGUGAUGACUCCAAAGACACCCUGGAGGAGCUGGAAGGUUUCUUUGGCAAAGACUUGGAGCUGGAUGCUUCUGAAGGGGAACUAACCAGGAACAAUGAGCUCAUAUCCAUUGUGAAAGGAGGAUUGAAAAUGUUACCUGUCUUUGAAUCUGAUCCACACACUCACUCAUUUGAGAAUCCAAAGUGCAUUGUGCAAACAACGUCAUGGUCCCAGUGUUCAAAGACUUGUGGGACUGGUGUCUCCACCCGAGUCACCAAUGAUAAUCCUGACUGCAGACUAGUUAAAGAAACAAGGAUAUGUGAAGUGAGGCCAUGCGGGCAGCCUAGCUAUGACUCCUUAAAGAAGGGAAAGAAAUGCACCAAGACCAAAAAGGCCCAAGCUCCAGUAAAAUUCACUUAUGCAGGAUGCUCCAGUGUGAAGAAGUACCGCCCCAAGUACUGUGGCUCAUGUGUGGACAGCAGAUGCUGCACUCCUCAGCAGACCAGGACUGUCAAGAUCCGGUUCCGCUGUGAUGAUGGAGAGACCUUCACAAAGAAUGUCAUGAUGAUCCAGUCUUGCAGAUGCAACUACAACUGCCCUCAUGCAAAUGAAGCCUACCCUAAUUACCGGCUAUUCAAUGAUAUUCACAAAUUUAGAGACUAAGUUUUUAUGUGUGCAGGCUUGAGCAGGAGACUUGGUCCAAACAAUAUUUUUAUUUUUUGGAAGUAGCAGUGGAGAAAUGAACUCUGAUGGAAGUGGUGCCUUUGCCCAUUGGAGGGCAACACUGAGAUACAAGAAUGCACUGUGCAACUGGAUACUAAUGAGCAACAGUUUGAACAUACUUAAAGCUUCAUAAUACUGGAGCAAUCUUAUUGCUUCAUUUUGGAGCACUUUCAUGAUUACUGAUUUCUGUUUGUAACUGAUCUGUGUAUGCGUUUGUCCGUCUGUCCUGGUUAUCAAAACCUUCAAUUUUGUACUGUUCAACAUAAUACCACACUUUUGUUGUUGUUCCAAGCUCAAGUUGGAGGUUACAUUCCUUCCUAAGAUGGGCACUUUUGGAGUUCUCAUCUAUGGCAGCUAUAGGUACCAGCUAUAUAUUUCAUACCCACAAACAGAAAUUGGUGGUUCUUAAAAGCGGAAUAUUUUAUUUAUCAAAAUGUAGCUUUUUUGUUUUGGAGGAAAAAAAUCCCUAAUACUGGAAUAAGUUGUAAAUGAUUUAAUUUUAUAUUCAAUGAAUUAAGAGAAUUUAUUUAUAGAAUUAAUCAUUUAAUAAAGAAAUAUUUACCUAA